CUCAGGCCCCUGCCUUGUCAACAAGGCCACAAUGAACCAGACAACCUCUUUAAGGUGCCUGCUUCUGGUGCUGUUUUGGGCUCUGGUCCCGGAGGACACUCAGGGAAAAGAAAUAGUGCUGGCGAAGGCAACAGACAAAGUAGAGCUGUCCUGCAAUGCUUCCCAGAAGAAGUUUACAUCCUUCAGCUGGAAAAAGUCACCCAACAUCCUGAUUCUGAGAGAUAAGAAUGGAUUCAUCACUAAAGGUAAUAGCAAGAUGAAGGAUCGUGUUGAUUCAAGAAAGAUGAUGUGGGACCAAGGGUCCUUUCCUCUAAUCAUCACAAAACUUGAGAAAGAUGACACAGGGACUUACUUUUGUGAAGUAGGGGACCAGAAAACGGAGGUGCAGCUGAUUGUGUUCACAUGUGAGUAGGAACAUGGGUACUUGACUUACAGCCCAGGCAACCAAUUGAUGUUGGGGCAAGAAGUGACCCUGACCUUGGAGAGCCCACCUGGUAUUAAAUCUUCAAUGCAAUGCACAGGUCCAGGGCUUCAAGAAGUAAAAAUGGGCAACAUCAUCUCAGUGUCCCAGGUGAAGCAGCAGGACAGUGGCACCUGGAAAUGCACCAUCUUCCACAAAGAGUCCAAGCUGGUUUGGGACAUAAACAUCUUGGUGUUGGGUUUCCUGGAUUUUCCUGACACAAUCUACAAGUGUGAAGGGGAGAAGGUGGAAUUCUCCUUCCCACUCAACUUCAAAGCCGAAUCCCUGAGUGGGUCUAUGCAGUGGCAAGCUGAGGGUAACUCCUCCCCGAAGCUCUGGGUCAGCUUCACCUUGGAGAACAAUAAAUUGUCUGUGAGAAACAUCUCCCAACACCUCCACAUGCAGGAGAAGCUUCCACUCCGCAUCACUCUGUCAAAGGCCUUGCUUCAGCAUGCAGGCUCUGGAAAUCUGACCCUGAACCUUAAAAAAGGGGUGCUGCAUAGGACAGUGAAUCUUGUGGUGAUGAAAGUGAAUGAGUCCAAGAACAAUGUGGCCUGUGAGGUGAGGGGACCCGUGCCCCCCCAGAUGCAGCUGAGCUUGAAGCUGGAGAAUGGAAGUAUGGAGAACUCAAGUCAGCAGAAGUGGGUGACAGUGCUGAACCCUCAGGCAGGCAGAUGGCAGUGUCGGCUGAGUCACCAGGACUAUGUCCUGCUGGAAUCCAAGGUGGAGGUUUCUUCCCAACUCAUGAAAGACUCGCCAGCAUUCCUGGUCCUCGUGCUGGGUGGGACUGCCAGCCUGGUUCUCACUGGAUUUUGCAUUGUCUGCUGUGUCAAGUGCUGGCAUCGCAAGCGCCAGGCAGACCGGAUGUCUCAGAUCAAGAGACUCCUCAGCGAGAAGAAGACCUGCCAGUGCCCCCACCGGUUCCAGAAGCCAUGUAAUCGCAUUUGA